AACAAUGCGAUAGCUUAAUGCUAAAUUCGUGCAGCUGGGUUUCUUGUUUGGGAUAGUGUUAAGCCUUGCGCUUUUGAUAUAUUCUUUUGAUCGUUAAGUGUGAGUUUCAUCCAAAAAAUAUAGGAGACUAUUUCUUCCACAGCCGUACAAAUAUGAGCUAAACUCAAGUUAAUAUCUGUGUUUGCUGCUGCCGAUUCAACCUCGGUAGCUACUACGCUACCAGCUCAAAAAGAUCAUCAUGAAAUCCACAUAUAGCGAGCAUAACGGGCAUAAUUGGCUUAACGUUGGUCAAGCCUCUUUUAACUUCUGAAUGAUAUGAUGGCCCUGCAAACGAUUGUCUUAUAUGAAAUAAAACAGAUACAUUCAGAUGAAGGUUGUAUGCGACUCUCUGUUACACUGAUGGGGGUCCGAGACCAGCCACUGGAUUUCUUGAUUCAAACUUAAGUUAUUCUCCUGAAAUAAACUGCAAAGGAAAUAUUAGUUGCCAUGCGGAUCAGUUUCUGUCAGGGCUUGUUAACUAUCGCCAUCAUCCUCAACCUCCUCAUUCUCUAUUAUGUGUCCCGAGCCCAGCAGCAAAUGAUGGAGAAGAGGAAAGAACUUGGCAGGGGCACCAGAAGGGCUGCCCUACCAGCCUCUGGUCUCGGAGGGUUACUUGCAGGAGCUGGAGGUGAGCCUGGAGUGGUUGGAGUGGAGGGACACAGUCGAGGCCCACGUGUAACUGUUCUACUUCGGGAAUUUGAACAUUUUGAAAACUAUGUUGGGGAUGUGGCUAAUUCCUUCCUUCACCAGAGGCCAGAGCUUCCCUUCCUGGCUGUAGCUGACACAUCACCGUACCCUCCACUGGUGCUUCCGGAGGGUGCUCGGCUUCUUAUCCUCUCCCCCAGCCCAGACCAACCACCACAAGCUCACAGGCCUGAGUUUCAUGUGCAAACAGAGUUUGUGCUGCUAGUGCCUGAUGGAGUGGAGCUGGAGCAACCAAGGGCUAUUGAGAGGUUAAUUAGAGAGUUGGAAGGAGAGGGUGGAGGGCCUGUGAGGUUAGUAGCUGCACCCGUAUUGGCUCGAUCUGCUGUGCAGUGUCUCCACUUGCGGGUGAACCUCAGAGAGUGGACAGCUAUCUAUUCAACAGCUGCAUCAGGGAGCAGUGGGAGUGUAUGUACAGCUUUACAGGGAGAUGCAGUCGUACUCAUUCGGACUGAGGAUCUUUUUAACCUCUCUGUCCCUCUUGGACAGCCUCUCUUCUCUUCACUCUUCAUCCAGACUUCUUUGAGAGGCUGGAAGGUCAAACUCCUGGAAGGCCCCUGUUUCUCUGCAAACCAUCGGCCUCUCUUCAGCUCUGCUCACAACCAGUGGAAGGCUGACACUCGACUGAAGGAGGCCACGGGGAAGCUAAUGAGGAGCUUCGGUCUGAAGCGUCUUCUGCUGCCUGAUGGGAGGGAACAGUGGUACGGCUGCAGCAAAGAGACACCACGCUGCUUUGGCACUGUGCAGGAUGACACUCCAGACUAUCUUUAUCUGGACCGCUGGACACCUCCCUGCUGUCUGCGAGCGCUCAGGGAAACCAUCAAGUAUGUCGUCAAUAUCUUGGAGCGCUCAGGUGUGCGCUACUGGCUAGAGGGAGGUACUCUGUUGGGCGCCGUUCGCCAUCAAGAUAUCAUCCCAUGGGACUAUGAUGUAGACCUUGGUAUCUAUCUGGAGGAUGUACCCAACUGCGAUCAUUUAAAGAACCUGGACUCAGGCUCUCUGGUGGAUGCUAAUGGCUACGUGUGGGAGCGUGCGGUGGAAGGAGACUUUUACAGGGUCCAGUACAGUGAGGCUAACCACUUGCACGUUGACCUGUGGCCGUUCUAUCCACGUAAUGGCGUCAUGACCAAAGAUACGUGGACUGAACAUAAACAAGAUGUCGAGUUCCCAGAACACUUCCUGCAGCCACUGGUACCCAUGCCUUUUGCUGGCAUCACUGCCUAUGGCCCUAACAACCACAGAGCCUUUUUGGAACUUAAAUUUGGAGAGGGGGCGAUUGAGAACCCCCAGUAUCCCAACCCUGCAAAAAAGAGACUGGACAGAAGCAAAUUAUGAGUCAUAGCGGAGGGCUACAGACCCAUUUAGGUUUACCUACAUACAAAGAAAAUCUUGCCUCAAAUAAUUGUCUGUGAAAGAUAAUGCCUGGAAAGUAAAGCCUUUUACACACAUGCACUGCAGCCCUGAAUGCUUCGAGACAUUACCAAACUGAGAAUCACAUGAGAGCACAAAUGUCCGACACAGUCUUAUCUGACCAUAAAUGGUCGAGUACCUCUUGUCUGUGUGACAUCCACAUCUAAUCAUCUCAACAUUUUCUGGAGUUCAUGUGUAAAAAAAGAUUUAAUAUGGUGCCAAAACGACUGCAUUUACUGUUACCUUCACCACAUGUGUAUCAGAAGACUGUAUUGCAUGCUUAGAUUGUUCUUCCUGUGGUUCGGAUGUAAAGUCUAAUGUUGAACACACGUUAUUUAUUUGCCUGAGCGGUAGCAUUUUGUUUGAAAGACACACUUGAAAAGUUUAAAUCCAUACACUAGUGUACUGACAUAAGGCUGUGGUGUGUAUGUGUUGUACAGAAACAUUGAACUACUACUGCUGUAAUUUAAAAAAAAAAGAUAGAUAAUUGAAAAAAAACAAAUGAUUUUUUUAAAACUAAAAUGUAUUUUAUCUUAAGCAGGAUUUAAGGUAUUAUACAGACUUAUGUGUGUUAAAUAAGUGGCUUUAGCCUAACAGGUAUUUUAUGAUUUUUGAACUCUGUUGCCUUGUUUUGCACGUCUCAGUUUAUGAGUGAAUGUUAGUUUGUGGUAGAGCCAGCUGGUAACUGCAGCUGAGCAGACUUCCAUCUAAUGAAAUGAGAAAUGAAAGCAAACCUGUGUUAUUCAUGCUGUUAUGGACGAUUGCUCUACCAGGCCUUAGAAUUCAAGUAAAUAAUUACAUAUUUAUAAAUAUUAUGAAAAGGAAAUUUAAUUCAGUAUACUACUCAGUUCCCCUGGUUGCCACAUGAUUCCUGUAGUUUUUCCUGUAUCUAAUGUACGAGGGUGUCAAAUCAUUUCAUGUACUUCUACAAUAAAAGAAUAACAGUU